AUGUUGAAGCCUUUUCAGAUCCGAAAUCUUAGGGAGUCUGAGCAGGAGCUUGCAGACUCUCAUUCUUUCGGAGUCGUCCAGAUCUCCUCUACCGAUUAUGAUGAUUUGGCGACUACUCAUCCACGCGCCAGGCUGACCUACACCGAAGAAGAUGAUGAAGAUGAAGGUGAUGAAACUAUUACCGUCGGAUCGGCUCUCGAGCUGUCUCAACGCCUUGAAGAGUCCCCAGAGAUCGGCGCGCGGCUCGAUUCCUUACAAUUAUCUCAUGACGCCCCUCCGAUGCACAUAUUUGAUAUUCGUCGAUCGAACUCUGUCACAGAGCUCUGGAGGCGAUACGAGUGUGAGGCAGAAGAACAAGGCUCUUUGGGUGAUGUGAAGAGUGAUGUGCUGGUUGCAUCUCAGACUGUUGUUCAUGAAGACGAAGUUCUUGCCGCUACUAGUUCAGAACUUCCCCCGACGUCUGAAAGAGAAUCCCGGUCUCUGAUGGAAGCCUUUGAGACUGAGCUAGCAGGCAUCCUCCACGCCGCUGAGCCAUCGGGUACCAAAAGACCCCGACCAGAAUCGCAGCCUGCUGAGCCAUCAUCUGGCACAUCUUCGGAACGCUCAACUCAUCCCGUCGAGGUCCUAGCAGCUCAGGUACUGGACCAACUGAUUAAUGGAGCCACUAUGGUUCAAUCUGAAUGGAGGGCAAGACUACCAGAAGUGCAGCGUCAACUACAUAAUGCGCAAAGACAGUUUGAGACUGCACAGAGAUCCCUCCCUGCAAAUGUGGAAGCAUCAUUGCGCACACUGCUCAACACCCUUGAGGCACAAGUGAGAGCCGCCUUCAGUAAUAUCCCUGAUAGUGGAAGACAAUUUGCGGAAGAUGCGUUCCAGAGAGGGAGACCUGUUGCAGAGAAUGCCGCCGACGGGUUGCGCAUGAUGGCCUCGGAACUGAACGAGGCAGGAAGAACGCUGUUCGCCGCGUUUGAGACCGAGUUUGGUCGAGCUGGGCCAGCUACCCCUUCUACACAUGAAGCACCGAGCUCUGGUGUGCCUGGAACAUCUGAUGUCAAUGCCAAUUCUGCAGAAAAUAAGCCUGCCUCCUCAUCGCCUACUUUUUCUCAGGUCCCAGACGUCCAUCAGUCCUCAUCAAUGACCGACAAACCGCAUGCUCCUAGUAAAGGUCACUGGAACCCUUCGGGUGUCGCUGAGAGUCCUGCGAUUGCUUCUCCGGGCUCAUGUCCUUCGUCAUCUGCCUACUAUUAUCCUCCAGGGACCACGGAUCCCACCAUGCAACAUAGUCUAUAUCAGCAGUACCUUCAUCAAAACCUUUCUCCAUAUUAUCUUCCACCUUCAUCUAGCGUGCCUGGUGGUUCCUAUUAUGGGUCACCACUGGAACAGAACCAGAUUGUCCCGAAUUGGCCUCAAUGGCCCCCUACGUUCUCGUCGCUCAAUUCCAAUGAGCCGAUGUACCCAACACAAGUAUACCCGACGUCCCAUCCCAACGAGCCCAUACACCCAGGACAAGUACCCCCGCCGCUCAGUUCCAGCGAGCCGAUUCACCCUGGAACAGUACCAAUCAACCCUGUAAACCCAGAAGGGUCGGAAACCAAAUCAUUGUUUAUUGGAAACGUCGGGUUCAAGGUCACUCAGAAGAUGAUACAGGACGUCUUCGCUUCCAAGGGCUUUAUCGUCGAAGUUGACCUUCCGAUGGAUAGUGCAUCAGGACAACACGCAGGAUUUGGCUUUGUGCAUUUCCCGGGGUCACACUCAGCAUUUGCUGCCAUGGAAGCAUUACAGGGUGCUCUUAUUGACGGCCACUCUAUAAACUUGGAGAGCAUGCACCACUCGAAUACUGAGUCGUUGCGUGUGGCCCGCAAUAGAUCAGGCAGCGGAUCAGGCGUACGCACUACUCGGGUGAGACACGUGAAUAAGCCGAAUCGUCGCAGAAAGUCCGUCAGUUUUUCCCAACAUCAAGUUGAUGUUGAUACUGGUUCUUCUCGGGAUCUUUCUUCCAGGAAGGAUUCCUCCGGGUUGCUUGACUCUCCAAGCGAUGACCCUGGGUUCAGCGCACGAUUUCCUUCGCUCCAGCCGGUCAAGAAUGAACAGCCUAGUGGUCUCUCAAGUGGUCAAGGCAUAUCCCCACCUGUGAAACCGGAGAAAGAGAUGGAAAUGCUCCAUUUCCCACCUGUUUCUCAAUUGGAUGCUCUUCUUCUGACGAAUCAGCAAGAGCGCCCAACAGUGUCAUCCACUACUGGUACGUUCAAUGAAUCAGAAGAUCUUACUCAAGAGAUUCGGUCUGCCAGCAACGGAGAUGUAACCGGCAACAAGUUGCAAGUGAUUGAUACUGGACGAUCAUUGGAUCACAGCAGUUUAAACGGCAACUCUAAUCCUACGGCGGUCAUGCGCCCAGCAGCUGACAGUAAUAAACCUUCAGCCUCCUCGUUGAAGCGCCAGUCAAGUGCUCGUUCCGCAGAGAGAGAUACAUGGGCGCGGCUCUCUAGAAGAGAGCGAACAAGGUCAUUCUCUCGCCAACAGGUCCCUGGUGGCUUCCCGGUUGAGGAAACAGCGCGUGAUACAGUGGCCUCUAGUGUGGAUCAGGUUUCAGAUCCUAUUGAACAGUGUGUGUCCGCUCUCGUCGAUAUGGGUUUUGGAACUGAACAGGAGGGUGGACGAUCCAGGAUGGUCGUAUAUGCGGCUGCAGCCAACGGCAGCCUCCUUGAUGCGAUCGAUAUGAUUGAGGAGGAAAGAAGUGCCUAUGAACGACGCUCUUCGCAGUGA